AACGUUGAUGAACCGAAAACAAUGGUAAUGUCAAUGAAUCACAUUUUGCGAAUUUAUUAAUUAUCGUUUGCCUCCAUGGGAUGCCAGUGCAAAUAUGUUUCGCCUAAAUCAUGACAUAAUACCACAAUAUUCUGCUAAUCGUUUUAGGAGAGUGCUUUUAUAUCAGACGAGAUUGAUUUGGUAAAUCACAUCAAUGUUAAAAGUUGACGUUCUGGUAUUCUUUAAUGCAUUUGUCGUCAUGGAUGCGCAGACAAGGUGUCAAAUUUGUAAGUGUUUGAGUUAUUAUGCGAACUAGGAAUCCAAGAAAUGACGCAAUUUAGAUCAAAGAGAGCUGGGUGAGCAUUGCCUUCACUUGAAAGGAGGUCUGUCAGGAUUAAGACAGGUUCAUCAACCUACUAUCCUUAUUACUGAAGACUGAUGAUUGAUGAACGUAUGGUAUAUAGAAUCCGAAAUUAGGCAUUCAUCAUUUACAAAGAAAUUAUUUGUCCCUACAAACACCACACAAUGUUGGGGUUCUUGUAUACUCUUAUGUCUGGUUUCUUAAGAAGACAAAGGUAUGAAGUUCUUUAUUUAUCACAAUAAUUAGAUCGUGGAUAAUAGGAUUUAUCUGUUUCUGACAGAAAGGCGUCUCUACUACAUAUGCAUGGCUGAUAUAGUCCAAGAAUACAUGUUUAUUAUAGUUGUCUUUCACUAGUAAUGUUAUUGUACCGUCUUACAAUUCUGAUUUUCCACCAGUCCUCUCUCUUUACUUCAAUUCUAGAGCAAAAGCAAGUGCUUUAAGCAUUUUAUAGAAUCCUUAACAAGCUUUUCUCUAUACUCCCUUUUGGAGUAACGUCGGGCUAUGGUAUAUGCAUUUAUGGCUUCUCAACACCGAUAAUGCGUCUCACUAACUCUUAGUAACUUAAGUCCUCUUCUCAUUCUUCUUCUUUUACAAAGAAAUGCUAAACUCCUUUUGUUUGAUCCUAAAGAAGAACCUCUUAAUUUGCUUGUCAUCACCAAUGUAUUCUUUCCUCAAGAAAUAUUUUUACAUCACAUUUAUACUCCAAUAUAGCCUGACUUAUAAUGAUAUGAUUAGCUUGGAAGAAAAGAUUAAAAUUACUUCCGAAGAAAAUAUCGGUUUAAAAUCUUACAUUGAACGUAUGAAUAAUGAAUGCAUGGAACUCAAUGCUACUUUGUUUGAAGAAGCAAACAGAAUGGUCCAUGAAGCCUUAUCUAAAGAACAGUAUGCCGUUAGACAAGCCAAAGAGAAAAUUCAAGAAAAUGAGAUACUUCAAUCGGAAGUUCGCGCAUUAAAAUUACUGGUUGCUGAAUUAUCGUCAAGCAUAACAAAUCAAAAGAUUAAAAACUCAUUAAAUAGUACAAGGAUGAAAUACGACAAUAUAGCCUGUAAUAAAUCCCCUGAAAUUUAUCGUAAAUUGGCUACAAGUAAUCUUUUCGAAGUGAAACGAAAUAAUGCUAAGUAUGGUGGAUUGGAACAAUUCAAUCGACGUGAUCUAUUAACAGCAGUGAUUACACACAGACCAUGUAAAAAUAAUUUAGAUAUUGAUACAUUUGAAGAAUUUCUAGAAUGGAUACAAAAUGAUUGUCCAUUAAAUUUACCUAUGAUAGCAUUUACAGAAUUGAAUGAACAAUUAUUAUGUCACCAAGAUAACACAAAAGAAGGAGAAGAAAAAGAACAUAGUAAAAAAGAAUUCAGUGAACUAAUGACCAAGAUCAAUAUACCCAGUCAAAUAUUAGACAAAACAGUUAUUAAUAAUCAGACAGACGAAAAUACUACUACUACUAAUAAUAAUAAUGAGAAGAAUAAUCAUUUAACUUUUUCCAAUAGUUUUGGUGUACACAAUGAUAUUGUGAAUGAUAUUGAAAAGAUUUCAAGUAGUAACAACAACUAUGAUAACCAUGGUAAAAGCAAAGAGUCUAAUCGUUCUAAUCAUAUAAUCAAAACAAUUGCUAUUACAUUAAAAAAUUCCACUGAAUCAAACAAUGAUUACACUGUUAAGGAAAUUUCAAAUGAUUCAGUGAACAAUCAUAAUGAUUCACAAAUUAAAACAACAACUGACGACAAAUAUUCUUCACCAAUAGUCAUAAAUUGUGAUAAAACAAAUUCGUCAUUCAAUUCAAAUCAUAUUCCAUUGGAUAAAUCUCUAUCAAAAUUUAUAUAUCGUUUAUAUUUGCAAGAUAUUAAACCUUGUUUUCAAUUUAUUGACAGAAAACUUAUCUCUUCAAUUUAUCAAGCAUUACCGGAAUUAGGUUUAGAGAUUACACCAAUUACUCCAGAAUUAGGCGGUGGUUUACGCCGGAAUAAUGAUGUAAAUGGCGGUGAUAAAACAGUAAAAGUUAGUCGUGAAUACUGCUCAUUAAUGCCAAAAUAUGAAGCUGCGUUUCGUAUGAAAAUCAGAACACCUGAUUCCAAUGAAAUCGAUUGUAAAAUAUCAUUGCCAGCAAGAGAUAGACUCGUUGCAAUCGUCAAUUUAUUUCAAUACUUAAGUAUAAUAAAACGUGGUUUAGAUUCUAGUCCGAUGGUUAAUGUUAAUAGAAAGAACAAUUGUAAUAAUUAUGACAAUAAUGGAACAGAAACUAUUACAAAGGAAGUUGAGAUACAAGAACAACAAUUACGUACAAUCCAACGGCAUCGUUUAAAUAUUGCACUAGCUCGACUUGGAUAUGGAGCACCAGAUUUAGAGUGA